GGCGCGCGUGGGGCGGUGGAGGUACGGCGGCCGGGAGGGGCGGUUUAUCCGUCUGUCCUGGGGCGGGGAGAGGUGUGCCCGUCUGACGGCAGGGAAAGGGAACUGUCUGUCCGUCUGCCUGUCCACGGAGCGGGGAGGAAGGCUUCGUCCUGAAGGAGCGAGGGCGUCAGGGAGCCCCGCCAUGAGCUCCAAGGCCAAACGGGUGUUGCCCACCCGCCCCGAGCCGCCCACCGUGGAGCAGCUCCUGGCCGACGUGCGGGGCGCACCCCCGGCCGACCCCGUCCUCCUGCUCCCGGCUGAGCCUCCCCGGGGCAGCGGUGGUGACCGUGACGGCCCCGCGCCAGGGCAGGAGGACAGCGUGGAGGAGCAGGAGCGGCUGUACCGGCAGUGCCGCGGUUACGUGGAGAUGAACCGGCGGCUGCGGGAGGCGCGCGGGGAGCUGGCAGAGAAGCGUGACGAACUGCAGAGGGCGGGCGCGGCACUGGAGAGAGACAUCGCCGAGAUGCGGCAGAAGGCGUUCUGAGCACCCGCGGCCUUCAUCCCCACCACGUGGCUGUGCGAGCAGCUCUGCCCCCUGCCAGCACCAUGUCCACACGGCAUCGCUUCACCUACG